AUGGAUGUUUGGCGAAAAGGAUGCACGUCUAGUACUGGUGCUAACAUGGGUUGCUCAAUGGAUUUUCAGCACGUCAUGACUCCAAACAAUUGUGCGAAUGCGUCAUGUAGAUUAGAGAUGUGCCUGGCUCAAACACACAGGAUUCUGGAUCCAUCACGGGCUCCUGGAGAUGUGAUGCUGUCAUUCUCAAACCUCCUUCACUUUAAAAUUUGCAACAAUCAUCUUGAGUUUCUGCUUUCCGAAUCGUCCCACAUGAAGAUUACCUUGAGCUGGAUAGUCGGUGUCGUCGCGUGUGCAGCAGCCAUAAAUGCGGCCGAGACGAGUAAUUGCGACAGGGUGUGUACCCAAGACUUUUCUCCUGUGUGCGGAUCUGACGGCAACAUGUAUUCAAACGAGUGCAUUCGCGAUCUUGAAAGUUGCAAGAGUGUCGAGGCUGGAUUUGGUCCGAUCGCUAAUGGAGUUAACUGCCCUGGCAAUGACCUAACAACCGGACUAUGUCCUGGUCGAUGCCCUGAAGUUAACGAGCCUGUAUGCGCGUCGAAUGGAAUAACAUACGCCAACGAGUGCAAAUUUAAUCUCGCUAUCUGCAAUUCGCCGCAGCUUAAUGUCGUAAAGACUUCGUAUGAAAUGCGUCAACCGAUGCAUUCGUGGCAAUGUUAUCCAUGA